AGUCCCGGCCGCUACUUCUCCAGCGAGUCUAACACCGCGUGCGUGCGCUACUGCGGGCGCCCAUCGGGGAUCUCGGAGGACAGUGGGCGCCCCCGAGGUGGUCGACUCUGAGAAUCCUCGUCGGGACCCCCCUCGCAGGUACGAGAUGGCAGCCCAGGAGGAAGGGACUGCGCUGCGUCUCAGCCCCUCGGAGCUAGAGGAAGAGGAAGACGAGGAGGCGGCGGCGGCACGGAGAGCGCAGCGCUUCGCCCUGGACCCUCGGGUGCGCUUCCUGGGUGGCCGCCUGCGACAGGCCCUGGCGUUCCGGGAGGAGACGUGGAGCCAGUACCUGGAGAGCGAGGACCACCGGCAAGCCCUCGGGGACUUUCUGGAGAGCACAGGGCCUGCCAGCCUGGUGUUCAGUGUCGCAGACGCCGGGCAGCUCUCGGCUUCCCCCGAGAUUCCAAGAGAUGUGAAACACAAACUGGUUUAUCUUGCCAAGAAGAUGACUGAAAAUAUGGGAGAAAGUGAUUUCUCCCAAACAGUUUUAUUUGGGGAGCUACCUCGAUCAUUGCUCACACAUGUAACUGCAUUCCUGGAUGAGAUAUUAGUUCCUAUUCUUUCUAAUAAGAACAACCAUAAAUCCUGGUCGUGUUUUGUUUCACAAGAUAUGGAACAUCACAUAGAAGUCAUGAAAAGUAAGAUGCAUGUUUUUAGGGGCAAAAUAUCAAGAAGAACUCUUCUACCAAUUCCUACAAUUGCAGAAAAUAUUGACCUGGACCAGCAUUACUCAGUGACCAGGCUACAAUCAGAUGAGAGGAGAAUACUCCAUGCCAUUGAAUCUGUAGUCAUUAAAUGGUCACAUCAGAUCCAAGAAGCUAUAGAAAAGGAUUCAGCACAGCCUCUGUUGAGUGGCCUCCACCCGACCCCGGAGACAGAGCUGGACUUCUGGACUAUGAGGCAUGAUAACCUGAAAUGCAUAUACCAGCAACUUCAGGCUCCUAUUGUCCUCAAGAUGGUUAAGAUCCUGGCAGCAAGACGGAGCAGCUAUUUUCCUGCUCUGAAGGGCAUCGUCACCACUGUGGAAAAUGCUCUUCUUGAAGCUCGUGAUGUGGAACUUCACCUAAGACCUCUGAGGAGGCACAUUCAAGGUCUCCGGGAGGCGGAAUUCCCACAGACCCGAAUCCUAAUUGCUCCAUUGUUUCACACCAUCUGUCUUAUCUGGAGUCAUUCCAAGUUUUAUAACACCCCUGCUCGGGUUAUAGUUUUACUGCAAGAGUUUUGUAACCUCUUCAUUGACCAGGCAAGAACAUACCUGUCACCUGAAGAUCUCUUGAAGGGAGAAAUUGAAGACGCACUGGAAAAGGUGCAGGUGGCCAUCGGUAUCUUGAAGACUUUCCAAAAUUCUUUUUUCAAGUCGAGAGAAGGAUUGGCAAGCUAUUUCACAGGAAAUACGGAGUGGAGACCCUGGGAUUUCCAGUCUCACCUGGUGUUUGGCAGAUUUAACAAGUUUCUUGACCGGCUGAUAAAAAUAGAGGACAUGUUUGUCACCAUACUGGAAUUUGAAAAACUGGAAAGACUGGAAUUUGGUGGCACCAAGGGAGCAAUCCUAAAUGCGCAAAUCCAUGUGAUGAGCGAAGAAUUUAUAGAAUGCUGUAAAGUUUUUCAACAGAGCAUUUAUGACCCAUCUGACUGUGAUGACAUGGGGUUUGAAAGUGACUAUUUCAGAUUUAAGUCCCAAACCCUGGAUUUUGACAGACGGCUUGGGAGGCUGCUCUGCGAAGGUCUCUGCAGUUGCAAUGGUUUGGAGUCCGCGUUUAAGCUUUUGACCAUAUUUGGGAAUUUUCUGGAGAAACCAGUUGUCAUGGAAAUUUUCAGCCCACAUUACAGCACAUUAUUGAACAUGUUUAAUGCGGAGUUGGAUAUGUGUAAGCAACUGUAUGAUGAACACAUGAAGUGGAUUGAACAUGGGCAUGAAAUUCUCAACAAGAAUAUGCCGUUCACCUCUGGAAAUAUUAAAUGGGCCAGGAUGCUCACUGAACGCCUUCAAAUAUUUUGGUCAGACUUUACGUCUCUCCACUAUCUAUUUCCAGACAGUCCUGAUGAGGCUGCAGUCUGUCAGAAGUACGCUGAAAUGACCACAUUGCUCGAUCAAUUUGAAAGUCAUGUCUAUAGUGAAUGGAGAACAAAUGUGGAUGAAACCUGUGAAUUUAAUUUGAAUCAACCCUUGGUUAAAUUCAGUGCCAUCAACGGCCUUCUGAGUGUCAACUUCGACCCAAAGCUUGUGGCGGUGUUGAGAGAAGUCAGAUACCUUUUGAUGCUGAAGAAAUCUGACAUACCAGAUUCAGCUUUAGGAAUUUUCCAGAAAAGGAACACUAUUUUAAAGUACAUCGGGAAUCUUGAGCUCCUUGUACAAGGCUACAAUAACCUGAAACAGACCCUUCUAGAAGUCGAAUACCCGCUCAUUGAGGAUGAGCUCAGAGCUGUCGAUGAGCAGCUCAAGGUGGCUGCGACGUGGCUGACCUGGCAGGAUGACUUCUGGGUCUUCAUGGAGAGGGUGCAAGUGGCCGUCGCAGAGCUGGAGCUCAGAGUGGCACAGACUCAGAGCAAUGUGCGAAUAAUCCAGCAAACUAUGCAGGCCUGGGCAGAGUGGCCACUGCUGCCCCGGAGGGAGCCCAGAAGAGAGGCUGCCUUCACCUUGGAAGACAAGGGGGAUCUGUUUGCUAAAAAAUACAAGCUGAUCCAAGAAGAUGGCUGCAAGAUACACAACUUGGUGGAGGAGAACCGGAAGCUCUUCAGAGCUGAUCCUUCUCUGGAUUCCUGGAAAAUUUAUGUGGAAUUCAUUGAUGACAUUGUGGUGGAAGGCUUUUUUCAGGCUAUCUUGCAUGACCUGGACUUCUUCCUGAUGAACACAGAGAGACAGCUAAAACCUGCACCGUUUUUUCAAGCACAAAUGCUCUUAAUGCCCCCUGAGAUUGUGUUUAAGCCCCCUUUAGAAAGAGAGGCUGGGGAUGGCAUCUACGAUCUGGUGGAGGAAAUGUUGUGUAGCAGCUUCAGAAUGUCUGCCCAGAUGGAGCGUGUGGCGGCACACCUGGACGUCGCAAACUACCAGAGCGACAUGGAUAACAUGUUAGGCCUGGCAGAGGUCCGGCAGGAGAUAAUGAAUAGAGUGGCUGACGUCAUCAACAAAGUCUUGGAGUUCAAAAGUUCUCUGGAGACCUACUCUUACCUCUGGGUGGAUGACCGAGUAGAGAUUCUGAAGCAGUUUCUCCUGUAUGGCCAUGCUGCACCAUCUGAGGAAAUGGACCCUCAUGCAGCUGAAGACAUCCUGCAACCACCAACUCUAGAGCAAUUCAAAGAACAGAUCGACAUUUAUGAGGCUUUGUAUGUUCAGAUGAGCAAGUUUGAUGACUUCCGAGUGUUUAACAGUUGGUUCAAGGUAGACAUGAAGCCCUUCAAGUUGAGCUUGCUCAAUGUGAUCAAGAAGUGGAGCUGGAUGUUUCAGGAGCACCUGCUAAGAUUCGUCGUGGACAGUCUGAGUGAGCUGCAAGGAUUCAUCAGGCAGACGGAUGUAGGACUUCAGCGACAGCUGAGUGAAGGCGAUCACAACGGCUUAGUAGACAUCAUGGGCCAUCUUCUGGCUGUAAGGAGCCGACAGAGAGCUACUGAUGAGCUCUUCGAACCUCUGAAAGAAACCAUCAUGCUGCUGGAAAGUUAUGGUCAGAAGAUGCCCGAGCAGGUCUAUGCCCAGCUGGAGGAAUUGCCUGAAAGAUGGGAAACCACCAAGAAGAUCGCGGCCACAGUCAGACAUGAAGUCUCUCCACUCCAAAAUGCGGAGGUCACCCUUAUUAGGAAAAGAUGCAUUUUGUUUGAUGAAAAGCAAGCAGAAUUCAGAGAGAGAUUCAGAAGCUAUGCCCCGCUUGGAUUUAAAGCAGAGAAUCCAUACUCAGUGCUUGAUAAGGCACAUCAGGAGCUGGAGACUUUGGAGGAAGAGAUGGGGCAGAUGCAAGACCGUGCACGUCUCUUCGAGGUGACUCUUCCGGAAUACAAACACAUGAAGCAGUGCCGCAGAGAAAUCCGACUGCUCAAGGGACUCUGGGAUGCCAUCAUUUACGUUACAAGAAGCAUUGAUAAUUGGACAAAAACCCAGUGGAGACGGAUCAAUGUGGAGCAGAUGGAUGCGGAACUCAGGAGGUUUGCCAAGGAAAUUUGGUCACUGGACAAGGCAGUCCGUGCAUGGGAUGCUUAUUCAGGCCUGGAGGGCACUGUGAAGGACAUGACAACCUCACUGAGGGCCAUUGCAGAGUUGCAGAGUCCUGCUCUCAGGGACAGGCAUUGGCAGCAGCUGAUGAAGGCCAUUGGGGUCAAAUUUUCAAUAAAGGACACCACCACACUGGCAGAUUUGCUGGCCUUGCAGUUGCACAGAAUAGAAGAUGAUGUGAGAGACAUUGUGGACAAGGCGGUGAAGGAGCUGGGCACAGAGAAGGUUAUUACUGAAAUCAGCCACACCUGGGAGAUGUUGGAAUUUUCUUAUGAAGCUCACCAUCGAACAGGCACCCCACUGCUGAAGUCUGAUGAACAGCUUUUUGAAACACUAGAGCACAACCAGGUCCAGUUGCAGACUCUUCUUCAAAGCAAGUAUGUGGAGUACUUCAUUGAGCAAGUCCUAAGCUGGCAAAACAAGUUAAAUGUGGCCGACGCAGUCAUCUUCACCUGGAUGGAAGUCCAGCGGACCUGGUCUCACCUGGAAAGCAUUUUUGUUUGCUCAGAAGACAUUCGAAUCCAGCUCGUGGAAGAUUCCAGAAGAUUUGAUGGAGUAGAUGCUGAAUUUAAGGAGUUAAUGUUCAAGACAGCCAAAAUAAAAAAUGUCUUAGAGGCAACAUGCAGACCCCACCUCUAUGAGAAACUGAAAGAUUUUCAGCGCAGGCUUUCCCUUUGUGAAAAAGCCCUGGCUGAGUACUUGGAAACCAAGCGCAUCACUUUCCCUCGCUUCUACUUCGUCUCCUCGGCUGACUUGCUGGACAUUCUCUCCAAGGGAGCCCAGCCGAAGCAGGUAACACGCCACCUCAUCAAACUCUUUGACAGCAUCUCGGAUCUGCAGUUUGAAGACAGUCCAGAAGUUCCCACACACAAAGCAACUGGAAUGUUCAGCAAAGAAAAGGAGUAUGUCCCAUUCCAGGCCGGGUGUGAAUGCAUAGGCCAUGUGGAAAGCUGGCUUCUGCAGCUUGAACAGACUAUGAAGGAGACGGUGCGCCAGGCUAUUGCUGAAGCCAUCGCAGCCUAUGAAGAGAAACCUAGGGAGCUGUGGAUCUUGGACUUCCCAGCUCAGGUGGCUCUAACUGGCUCACAGAUAUGGUGGACCACAGAUGUGGGAAUUGCCUUCAGCCGGCUGGAGGAAGGCUAUGAAACAGCCCUAAAGGAUUUCCAUAAGAAACAGAUUUCACAGCUGAAUACACUGAUCACACUUCUUCUGGGAGAACUUUCCCCUGGAGACCGGCAAAAGAUCAUGACCAUCUGCACCAUUGAUGUCCAUGCCAGGGAUGUGGUGGCAAAACUGAUUUCUCAGAAGGUUGUCAGCCCCCAUGCUUUUGCCUGGCUGUCUCAACUUCGGCACCAGUGGGAGGAUGCUCGGAAGCACUGCUUUGUUAAUAUUUGUGAUGCCCACUUCCAGUACUUCUAUGAAUACUUGGGAAACAGUCCUCGACUGGUGAUCACUCCUCUCACUGACAGGUGUUACAUCACUUUAACGCAAUCCCUUCAUCUGACCAUGAGCGGGGCUCCGGCUGGCCCAGCUGGAACAGGGAAAACGGAAACCACCAAAGACCUUGGUCGUGCCCUCGGCAUGAUGGUUUAUGUAUUCAACUGUUCAGAGCAAAUGGACUACAGGUCCAUAGGAAACAUCUACAAAGGUCUGGUGCAGACAGGAGCGUGGGGCUGCUUUGAUGAGUUCAACCGCAUUGCUGUGGAGGUUCUGUCCGUGGUGGCGGUGCAGGUGAAGAUGAUCCACGAUGCCAUCAGAAACGGGAAAAGGAGAUUUGUAUUUCUUGGAGAGACUAUCCCGCUGAAGCCGUCGGUUGGAAUAUUUAUUACUAUGAACCCAGGGUACGCUGGCCGAACCGAAUUACCAGAAAAUCUCAAAGCUCUGUUCAGACCCUGUGCCAUGGUGGCCCCUGACACCGAGCUGAUCUGUGAAAUCAUGUUAGUGGCAGAAGGGUUCGUGGACGCACGCUCAUUGGCCCGAAAGUUCAUUUCAUUGUACACUCUCUGUGAGGAGCUCCUGUCCAAGCAGGAUCACUAUGACUGGGGACUUCGAGCUGUUAAGUCUGUCCUGGUUGUAGCCGGCUCUCUGAAACGAGGAGAUAAAAAUAGACCCGAAGAUCAGGUGCUGAUGCGAUCACUGAGAGACUUCAAUAUGCCUAAAAUAGUGACUGACGAUGUCCCGGUGUUUCUGGGCCUGGUUGGUGACCUGUUUCCAGCCCUGGAUGUGCCCCGGCAGAGGAAACCACACUUUGAACAGAUGGUCAAGCGGUCCACCCUGGAACUCCGCCUGCAGCCCGAAGAAAGCUUCAUCCUCAAAGUUGUCCAGCUUGAUGAGCUGCUGGCUGUUCGACACUCCAUCUUCGUGGUUGGAAAUGCAGGCACCGGGAAGAGCAAGAUUUUGAGAACAUUGAAUAGAACAUAUGUUAAUAUGAAACAGAAACCCAUUUGGAGUGACUUAAAUCCCAAGGCUGUAACAACAGAUGAACUCUUUGGUUUCAUACAUCAUGCUACCCGAGAAUGGAAAGAUGGCAACAACAGUUACUCCUGCUUUCCAGGCCUCUUCUCAUCCAUUCUGCGAGAGCAAGCGAAUCUCAGGCACGAUGGGCCAACCUGGAUAGUCCUGGAUGGGGAUAUUGACCCUCUGUGGAUCGAAUCCCUGAACACGGUCAUGGAUGAUAACAAGGUGCUGACCCUGGCCAGCAAUGAGCGAGUGGCCCUCACACCCUCCAUGAGGCUUCUGUUUGAGACCCACCACCUGAGAACAGCCACCCCAGCCACUGUCUCGAGAGCUGGCAUUCUGUAUGUGAACCCGCAGGAUCUGGGCUGGAACCCGUAUGUGGCCAGUUGGAUCGACAGAAGACGGCAUCAGUCAGAAAAGGCCAAUUUAACUAUUCUUUUUGAUAAAUAUGUUCCUGUGUGCUUGGAGAAGCUAAGAACUUGCUUUAAAGCCAUCACUUCUAUUCCAGAGAGCAGCCUGGUGCAGACUAUUUGUACUCUUUUGGAGUGUUUGUUGACUCCUGAGAAUGUACCUUCUGACAGCCCCAAAGAAGCCUACGAAGUCUAUUUUGUCUUUGCUUGUGUCUGGGCAUUUGGAGGCACUCUGCUAAGAGAUCAACUUUCUGAUUAUCAGGCCGACUUUAGUCGAUGGUGGCAUAAAGAAAUGAAAGCAGUGAAGUUUCCAUCUCAGGGAACCAUCUUUGAUUAUUAUCUGGACCACAAAACUAAAAAAUUCUUGCCUUGGACUGACAAGGUCCCUCAGUUCACCAUGGAUGUCGACACACCCUUGAAGACAGUUCUGGUACACACUCCAGAGACAACUCGUCUUAGGUAUUUUACUGAGCUGCUGAUUGAGAAAGGCAAACCCCUAAUGCUAGUUGGAAAUUCAGGAGUGGGGAAAACAGCCUUUUUGAGUGACACCCUGGCAAGUCUCCCUGAGGACUACAUAGUGUCCCGUGUGCCUUUCAACUACUACACGACAUCAGCAGCGCUGCAGAGAAUUCUUGAAAAACCUCUAGAGAAAAAAGCUGGUCGUAACUAUGGUCCAAGAGGAAAUAAAAAACUGGUUUAUUUCAUUGAUGACCUGAACAUGCCCGAAGUGGACGUCUAUGGCACCGUCCAGCCUCACGCACUGCUUCGACAGCACAUUGACCAUGGGCACUGGUAUGAUCGACAGAAGGUGACGCUUAAGGAAAUCCGCAGCUGCCAGUACGUGGCCUGCAUGAAUCCCAUGGUGGGCAGCUUCACGGUCAACCCAAGGCUGCAGAGACAUUUCACGGUGUUUGCCUUCAACUUUCCAUCGCUGGAUGCACUGACAACCAUCUAUGGCCAGAUCUUCAGCUUCCAUCUCCAGCAGCAAGCAUUCUGCCCAUCAGUUCUCAAGACUGGCCCCUCUUUGAUCCAGGCAACGAUAGCGUUCCAUCAGAUGAUGGCAGAGAGCUUUGUACCCACAGCUGUUAAAUUCCACUACAUUUUUAAUCUGAGAGACCUAUCAAAUAUCUUCCAGGGGAUUUUGUUUGCUUCUCCUGAGUGUUUAAAAUGCCCAGAAGAUUUAAUGCGUCUGUGGCUUCAUGAAUCAUCUCGUGUGUAUGGAGACAAACUGAUAGACACAAAUGAUUGUGACUUAUUUCAGAGGAAAAUGGUGAAAGCUGCCCAUAAGUACUUUAAAGGUGCUGAGGACAGCACGCUGCUGCGACAGCCCCUUAUUUAUUGCCACUUUGCUAGUGGUGAGGAAGACCCUCGUUACAUGCCCGUGACGGACUGGGAAGGGCUGAAGGCAGUUCUUAGAGAAAUGGUAGACAACUACAACGAGCUGCACUCUGCCAUGCACCUGGUGCUGUUUGAAGACGCCAUGAGGCACGUGUGCCGCAUCAGCCGCAUUCUUCGGACCCCUCAAGGCCACGCCCUCUUGGUUGGAGUUGGGGGCAGUGGCAAGCAGAGCCUGUCUCGGCUGGCAGCUUACAUCUGCAGCUUGGAGGUCUUCCAGAUCACUCUGACUGAAGGCUAUGGGACCCAAGAGCUUCGGGUAGAUCUGGCCAAUUUGUACGUCAGAACUGGAGCCAAGAACAUGCCCACCGUGUUCCUGCUGACAGAUGCCCACGUUCUAGACGAGAGCUUCCUUGUGUUGAUUAAUGACUUGCUGGCAUCGGGUGAUAUCCCGGAUCUGUUCAAUGAUGAAGAUACAGACAAGAUAGUUUCUGGGGUUCGUAAUGAAGUCCGUGGUCUUGGCAUGGUGGACUCCAGGGAAAACUGUUGGGCAUUCUUUUUGGCCAGAGUCCGACUACAGCUCAAAAUGGUGUUUUGUUUCUCACCGGUUGGCCCCACACUGCGAGGCAGAGCCCGGAAGUUCCCAGCCAUAGUUAACUGCACUGCUAUCGACUGGUUUCAUGCAUGGCCGCAGGAGGCUCUGGUGUCGGUCAGCAGGAGCUUCACUGAAGACAUAGAGGGCAUUGAGCCACAGCACAAAGAUUCUAUUGGCCUUUUCAUGGCACACGUUCACACCAGCGUGAGGGAAAUGAGUGCCUGCUUUUACCAGAAUGAGAGAAGAUACAGCUACACUACCCCUAAGAGUUUCUUGGAGCAGAUAUCACUGUUUAAGAGCCUGCUGAAGAAGAAGCGAGAAGAGGUCCACCAGAAAAAGGAACACCUGGGCAAUGGCAUCCAGAAACUACAAACCACAGCCUCACAGGUGGGAAAUCUGAAAGCCAGGCUGGCCUCUCAAGAAGCCGAGCUCCAUCUCAGAAAUCAUGACGCCGAAACUCUGAUCACAAAGAUCAGACUUCAGACGGAGAAAGUGAGCCGGGAAAAGGCCAUCGCCGAUGCAGAAGAGCGAAAGGUGGCCACCAUUCAAACCGAAGUGUCCCAGAAGCAGAGAGAGUGUGAGGCUGAUUUACUCAAGGCUGAGCCUGCUCUGGUGGCUGCCACGGCUGCACUCAAUACACUCAACAGGGUGAACCUCACCGAGCUGAAAGCCUUCCCCAACCCCCCAAAUGCUGUUACCAAUGUAACUGCUGCUGUGAUGGUCCUUCUGGCCCCCCGUGGCAGAGUGCCAAAAGACCGAAGUUGGAAAGCAGCUCGAAUCUUCAUGGGAAAGGUUGAUGAUUUCCUACAAGCGUUAAUUAACUACGACAAAGAGCACAUUCCAGAGAACUGUCUAAAAGUAGUGAAUGAACAAUAUUUGAAAGACCCAGAGUUUAAUCCCAACCUGAUUCGGACCAAAUCUUUUGCAGCAGCUGGUCUCUGUGCCUGGGUCAUCAACAUCAUUAAAUUUUAUGAGGUUUACUGCGAUGUGGAGCCGAAACGCCAGGCAUUGGCCCAAACAAACUUAGAUCUGGCUGCAGCUACUGAAAAGCUAGAGGCGAUAAGGAGGAAGCUUGUGGAUCUGGAUCAGAAUCUGAGCAGGCUUACAGCUUCAUUUGAAAAGGCAACAGCUGAGAAGGUCCGGUGUCAGGAAGAGGUGAAUCAAACCAAUAAGACGAUUGACCUGGCCAACAGACUUGUGAGCGAACUUGAGGCAAAGAAGAUUCGAUGGGGUCAGUCCAUUAAGUCCUUCGAAACUCAAGAGAAGACACUGUGUGGAGAUGUGCUGCUUACGGCAGCGUUUGUGUCCUACAUCGGGUCCUUUACAAGACAGUAUCGCCAGGAACUGGUGGACUGCAAGUGGGUUCCGUUUCUUCGGCAGAAGGUUUCCAUCCCGAUAACAGAAGGCCUGGACUUGAUUGCCAUGUUGACAGAUGACGCUACAAUAGCCACCUGGAAUAACGAAGGGCUGCCCAAUGACAGGAUGUCAACGGAAAAUGCCGCCAUCCUUACACACUGCGAGCGCUGGCCCCUGAUGAUAGAUCCUCAGCAGCAGGGAAUUAAGUGGAUCAAGAACAAGUAUGGGCCUGACCUGAAAGUCACGCACUUAGGCCAGAAAGGGUUUUUAAAUGCCAUUGAGGCGGCCCUGGCCUUUGGUGACGUCAUCCUAAUUGAAAACCUCAAGGAAUCGGUGGAUCCAGUCCUUGGUCCUCUGCUUGGCAGGAACACCAUUAAGAAGGGGAAGUACAUCAAGAUUGGGGACAAAGAAUGCGAAUUUAACAAGAACUUUCGUCUCAUCCUACACACAAAACUGGCAAACCCGCACUACAAGCCAGAACUGCAGGCCCAGACCACCCUCCUCAAUUUCACAGUCACAGAAGCCGGUCUCGAAGCCCAGCUGCUGGCAGAGGUGGUCAGUGUUGAAAGGCCAGAUUUGGAGAAACUGAAGCUGGUACUGACCAAGCACCAAAAUGACUUUAAGAUAGAGCUGACACAGCUUGAGAACGAUCUUCUCCUGCGCCUCUCUGCUGCAGAGGGGAGCUUCCUGGACGACACUGACCUGGUAGAGCGCCUGGAGACCACCAAGGCCACCGCAGCAGAGAUAGAGCACAAGGUGAUACAAGCCAGAGAAAACGAAAGAAAAAUCAACGAGACCCGAGAGUGCUACAGGCCAGUGGCAGCGAGAGCCUCUCUUCUGUACUUUGUUAUUAACGACCUCAGGAAGAUCAACCCCAUCUAUCAGUUCUCUUUGAAGGCUUUCAACACACUGUUCCACAGAGCCAUUGAGCAGGCUGACAAGGUGGAGGAUACUCAGGAUCGCAUCUGCGUCCUCGUAGAGAGCAUCACCCACGCCACCUUCCUCUAUGCCAGUCAAGCACUGUUUGAGAAGGACAAGCUCACAUUUCUGUCCCAGAUGACUUUUCAGAUUUUGUUGAGAAGAAAUGAGAUCGACCCCCUGGAGCUGGACUUCCUGCUUCGGUUUACAGUUGAGCACACUCACUCAAGUCCUGUUGACUUUCUGACCACUCAGUCCUGGAGCGCUGUCAAGGCGGUUGCCCUCAGGGAAGAAUUCCGAGGCCUAGACCGAGAUGUGGAAGGAUCUGCCAAGCAGUGGAGGAAAUGGGUAGAAUCGGAGUGCCCAGAAAAAGAAAAGUUACCCCAAGAAUGGAAGAAGAAAAGUUUAAUACAGAAGCUAAUUAUUUUGAGAGCAGUGAGACCUGACAGGAUGGCAUAUGCCCUGAGAAAUUUUGUAGAAGAGAAGCUAGGUGCAAAGUAUGUGGAGAGGACUAGGUUGGAUCUGGGGAAAGCAUGUGAGGAAAGCAGCCCUGCCACCCCGGUGUUCUUCAUCCUGUCUCCAGGUGUUGAUGCCCUUAAAGACCUAGAGGUGCUUGGCAAAAGACUUGGGUUUACAAUUGACUCCGGCAAAUUCCACAAUGUGUCUCUAGGGCAAGGUCAGGAGCUGGUGGCAGAAAUGGCACUAGAGAAAGCUGCCACUGGAGGGCACUGGGUCAUCCUUCAGAAUAUCCAUCUGGUAGCCAAGUGGCUGGGAACUUUGGAGAAACUCGUGGAAAAAUUCAGCCAAGGGAGUCACAGAGAUUACAGGGUGUUCAUGAGUGCCGAGGCUGCACCUUCCCCACACGAGCACAUCAUCCCUCAGGGCCUCCUGGAAAAUUCCAUUAAGAUCACUAAUGAGCCCCCCACAGGGAUGCUGGCCAGCCUACAUGCCGCACUGUGCAACUUCGACCAGGAUACACUUGAGAUGUGCUCCAAGGAUCAGGAGUUUAAAAGCAUCCUCUUUUCUCUGUGCUACUUCCAUGCCUGUGUGUCGGGGAGACUGAGGUUUGGCCCCCAGGGCUGGAGCCGAAGCUAUCCUUUCAAUCCCGGAGACCUGACCAUCUGUGCCAACAUCCUCUACAACUACUUAGAGGCAAGCCCUAAUGUCCCAUGGGAAGACCUUCGUUACCUUUUUGGGGAGAUCAUGUAUGGGGGCCACAUCACAGAUGCCUGGGAUCGUAAGCUAUGCCAGGUGUAUCUAGAAGAAUUCAUGAAUCCAUCUCUAAUUGAAGAUGAACUCAUGUUGGCACCAGGAUUUGCAGCUCCGCCCUACCUGGAUUAUUCUGGCUACCACCAGUACAUAGAGGACAAGUUGCCUCCAGAAAGCCCAGCACUGUAUGGCCUUCACCCCAACGCUGAAAUAGAGUUCCUGACAGUGACAUCCAACACACUCUUCAGAACUCUACUGGAGAUGCAACCCAGGAAUGCGGUCAGCAGUGAGGAACGGGGGCAGUCUGCAGAAGACAAGGUUAAGAAUGUCUUGGAUGACAUUUUGGAGAGACUUCCAGAGGAGUUCAACAUGGCAGAGAUAAUGCAGAAGAACCCAAAUCGAAGCCCAUAUGUUCUUGUUUGCUUUCAAGAGUGUGAGAGGAUGAAUGUUCUCAUCCGGGAAAUCCGUGUUUCGCUUCAACAACUAGACCUUGGUUUGAAGGGAGAGCUGACCUUAUCUCCUGAUGUGGAAGCCCAGCUGUGUGCCUUGAGUUAUGACCGGGUUCCAGACACUUGGAACAAACUGGCUUACCCAUCUACUUAUGGUCUGGCCCAGUGGUUUAACGACCUCCUCUUGCGAUGCCGAGAACUCGACACUUGGACACAAGACCUCACACUCCCGGCUGUCGUGUGGCUUUCUGGCUUCUUCAACCCCCAGUCCUUCUUAACAGCAAUCAUGCAGACCAUGGCUCGAAAAAAUGAGUGGCCACUGGACAGAAUGUGCUUGACUGUGGAUGUUACCAAAAAAACAAAGGAAGAUUAUGGCCACCCCCCCAGAGAAGGCGCCUAUCUCCACGGGCUCCACCUGGAAGGUGCCAGAUGGGACAUCCAGUCCGGAGCCCUUGCUGAGGCCCGCCUUAAGGAGUUAACAUCCACGAUGCCUGUCAUCUUUGCCAAGGCCAUAACCGUGGACAGACAAGAAACUAAGCACACAUACGAGUGCCCCGUUUACAAAACCAAAGCGAGAGGCCACACCUACGUGUGGACCUUCAGGCUGAAGAGCAAAGACAGGCCAGCUGGGUGGGUGCUGGCGGGUGUGGCCCUGCUGCUGGAGGCAUAAGAAGCGGCCCUGGCACUCGGGCUUACGUUCUUCCUGCUCCGGCCAGCACACAGCAUGUUCUGGUAACAGGGGUGGACACUCUUUUUGUUACAGCAUUUUUGUUCUCUGAGGAGGGAGAAUAGUAAUAUACAAAAACAACACUAAACAUCUGUCUGGGAUACACACUUGUUGAAAAUUCUAGCUUCCUCCACCAUACCAUACAAAACACCAUGGCUUAUUUCUUAAGUUUCCCUAAGUCUUAAAAACAAUGCAGUAAGGAUUCUAUAAAAAGCAAAGUCUUUUAAAACAGCAGCAGCAGGCUCCAGGCAGGUCCUGAAGGAAAAGGCAGGCAUACUGAGGCCUCCAGUGUCUAUAACUUGGUCCGUCUUUGUUGUCUUUUAAUAAAAAGGACACCUUA